CCUCCCUCCGUCCGUCCCUCCUCCUCUCUCUCUCUCAUAGCAGGUCGGCUUUCAGAGAUGGGUAUUUCUUAAGGGAACCUCCACGACGAUACUUUUAACACAAAUGACUAUAUGCGUUAAAGAAAACAGAGCUUUGCAAUAGCUACAGGACAUGUCAGAAAGCUCUUCAGGCGUUGUUACAAGCAGUGAAAGUUUGCCCAAGUCGAAUUAUUCAGCCAACUCUGAUCUAAGUGGUUCAAAUACUCCACUGCCGGUGGUAUCAAGAAGCCGAGGAGCAGAACAGAGCCCUGAUUCAGGCAUAGCGUCACCUUUGCCAUCUAACAGAUUCAGGUUUACAGCUUGGCACAAUUUAGAGGGCCAUGAGAUUCGCGGUGCUCAACUGACCAGCCCCAGAGUCAGGGAAGGUCCACCUGAAUCAGAACUAUUUCUGAGAGGAGAAGAAAACUAUUUAAUUGGAAAAAGGAAAACAGAAGAGAAAGGCAAAUGGGAGAGCAGGCUACAAGAGAACUGGGAAAACUGUGUAGAAUUGAACCUUUCAUAUCAAGAUCUUGGAGAUUCUUACCAGCUGGAGAAUUUUAAGAGAAUUCUGCGGCGAUUAAUUCGAGUGGAGAGACUUCAGUUAGUGGACAACUCCUUGAAGGACUUGAGUUCUGUAAGACUGCCAAGAUGCAAAAGACUAAAUCUGAACAAAAACCAUUUAACAUCCAUCAGACAUCUGCCAAAGAUCCCUCAAAUACAGCACUUGUCAUUGGCUGAAAAUAACAUCAGGACUUUGUGCGAUUUAUCAGAACUGGGGACAACGCCUCUGGAAUCUCUUACAUUGAAAAGAAAUCCAUGUGAAUUUCAAGAGGAUUACAGAUCGAAAGUGUUCUCUAGUUUGCCAAACCUGAAACUUCUUGAUGGAAUCCCAAAGUUGCCAGCAGACUGUGCACCAUUGCAAUCUACUGACACUUCAAGAAUGUGUACGAUUUUAUAGCACACAGCACUAGGAAUGUACAAAAAAAAAAAUACAUGCAUACUUUAUAUCUUUUGCUGCCUUUGUGGGGAAAAACAUAUUAAGAAUGCAUAAUUAUUGGGAAAUGUUUUUUUAAACUGACAUUUUGCUUGAAAGUUAACAUCAGGGGUAACCAAUAACAUCUUAAAAGAGUGUAGUACUUAUUUUGUGGUAAAAUAAGAACACGCCACUCACAUUUUAAUUCACUGUAUAUACUGUUUUUUUGUUUGUUUUUUUUAAUGAUUUUACUAUUUUAUUUU